AAAAAUUUAAAGGGUUGUUCCCGGCUUGUUGCUGCAUCAGUCACGAUGUUCGAUACAGAGAAAUUUAUCGACGAGAUAAAGAAUCGACCGGCGAUUUACGAUGCGAAACGCAGCGAGUACAACGACCGUAACGCCAAGAUGACCGCGUGGGACGAGGUCUGCCAGGUGAUGGUACCGAAUUGGGCGCGCUUGACGGACGAGGAGAGAAACGUAGAAGAGAAAAAUUUACGUGGGAAAUGGAGGAAUAUCCGGGACUACUUCAUAAAAGAGCUGAAGCUUCAAAAGUCGCAAAAAUCAGGACUGUCCGGUCGCAAACGAAAGAAAUACAUGUAUUUCGAUCAGCUGCAGUUCCUAAUGCCAACGGUGGAGAACAAACGACACGUCGGGGUGCCGUUAGCUACUUGCAAAUCGGAGGAAAGUGAGGGUGAAAUUGAUAAUCCGGUGAUGGAGGAAUACGAUGUGCCGGUGGCUCAUGGCGCUCCUUCCAUAACAACAGCCGGAGAGUAUCUUCAACCGGGCGCGUCCUAUAAAAUGUGUCACCGUUAUCCGAAGCAGAUUUGCGAGACGUCGUUCACGUCCUUUGAUAAUGAAAUUCACGAUAUGCUGUCUUCGCACAGCAGUCAACGGGUCCCUUACGACGAGGACGACUACGACAGAAUGUUUUUACUCUCCUUAUUGCCUGUCAUCCGACAAGUACCGGAAGAGAAGAAGCUGGACGUCAGGAUACAGAUACAACAAGUUCUCGCGCUGGCCAUACGUCCUGCUGAUAAUUUCAUCGUGUCAGUGCACGAUCGUCAUAAUUCAUAA